GAGGUGUCCCUUGGACUGUGUGCAGGCUGGAGUUCCGGAAUGCUGGGCCCGUGCUUGCGCCGGGACAGUGCGGAGGGUCGACAUUUGGGUGCGGAGCUGAGUCGGGGUGGACUUUGGGGAAGAUGGGUCAGGAGACUGGGGGACCAGGUCCUGACGCCCCGAGUGGCGCCUGCUCCCCAGAACCACGCCCCCCAAUUUCCCCGCCCCUCGGAUUUUGUUUUAGACCUCUCCCAGUCCUCCGGGACUCAAUCUGGUUUACACUGGGUCGCGCUAGGGACGGAGUGACUGACUGGGGUGGAGAGAGGAUGUUUAACUCCUUAGGCUCUAUUCCCUCCUCCUUGACCCUCUCUCCCUUUCUCCUUCGGACAUUCAAGACUUUCAUCCCCCAGGCUCUAACUCUCUCCCCAGCUGUCUCCUCCUGUCCCAUCACCCCUGUGGGUUCCUCGCCGCACUUCGGGUCCCUAAGGCAGCGAGCAGCUGAGGGUUAAGGGGGCGGGGCCGCUGCAUUUUUGGGGAGUGAGCGCAUCCUAGCGGCUGCCAAGAGGGGCGCCUGGCGGGGACCUCUCAAAAACCCCCAAGCAGGGGGCAACAGGUGUUUUGGAAAUUAGGGGUCCCGAUCUUGUUCCUCCGACUCCCCCUAAAGCAGCAGAUCCGCUAGGGUGCGGGGUGGAGUGAGGUCCGCAGGAGAGGAAGGUCUGGAGGGGGUGGGGCGGAGUGGGAGGGGCGCCCGGAGAAGGCAGACGGAAGACCCAGGCGCUCUUAACCAUCCCCCUACGCCCUUCUCUGCAUGUCUCUCUCUCUGCCUCCCCCCUUUCUGUUUCUUCUCCCAGACAGGUGAAGUAGAAAGAGAAAACUAAGAAAUCAGCGCAGCCGGAGGGGGCGUCUGUGUGGAUGGGAUGGGGACGCCAGGGGAGGGGCUGGGCCGCUGCUCCCAUGCCCUGAUCCGGGGUGUCCCGGAGAGCCUGGCGUCAGGGGAGGGUGCGGCAGCUGGCCUCCCGGCUCUGGACCUAGCCAAAGCUCAGAGGGAGCAUGGGGUGCUCGGGGGUAAACUGAGGCAGCGAUUGGGGCUGCAACUAGUAGAACUGCCUCCUGAAGAGUCGCUGCCGCUGGGACCGCUGCUCGGUGAUACCGCCGUGAUCCAAGGGGAUACGGCCCUAAUCACGCGGCCCUGGAGCCCCGCCCGCAGGCCAGAGGUCGAUGGAGUCCGCAAAGCCCUCCAGGACCUGGGGCUCCGAAUUGUGGAGAUGGGGGACGAGAACGCGACGCUGGAUGGCACUGAUGUUCUCUUCACCGGCCGGGAGUUUUUCGUAGGCCUCUCCAAGUGGACCAAUCACCGAGGAGCUGAGAUCGUGGCAGACACGUUCCGGGACUUUGCCGUCUCCACGGUGCCCGUUACAAGCUCCUCCCAUCUGCGUGGCCUCUGCGGUAUGGGGGGACCCCGCACCGUGGUGGCGGGUUCCAGCGAAGCGGCCCAAAAAGCUGUCAGGGCAAUGGCAGUGUUGACUGAUCACCCCUAUGCCUCCCUGACCCUCCCGGAUGACGCAGCGGCUGACUGUCUCUUUUUGCGUCCUGGGCAGCCCGGCCUGCCCCCUUUCCUCCUGCACCGCGGAGGCGGGGACCUGCCCAACAGCCAAGAGGCACUGCAGAAGCUCUCUGAUGUCACCCUCGUACCUGUGUCCUGCUCAGAACUGGAGAAGGCCGGCGCUGGGCUCAGUUCCCUCUGCCUGGUGCUCAGCACACGCCCCCACAACUGAGAGCCCGACCUGGGGGUCCUGGCUGACCAGGGGUAGAAUGGCAUAGGAGUAGAAGGGGAAGGAAGGUUAGAUAGAGGAUGGUGAUUAGGCAGUAGUGGGGAGAAGACCCCAAGAUAGAGGAGGGCACAGAGUGAGAAAAAGGAUAGAGACCACUGGGUGAGUCCUUUCCUCAAGAACUAAUAAAAUAGAACUGACCUUUUAGACUGGA